AUGGAGACCUUCAGGGAUUUCCUGAAAGCGUACAACAACUCCGACAUCUACAUGGUCUCUAGCGUCCCAAAGAAGAUGAUGAAGGAGGUGCAGUUUCUCCCCUGCAUGACCUGCGGAGGGUAUUUGAACUUUCUCGACACCCACAAUUUCUGGAUGGGCCGGGGAGGUAGCAAGUCCGUGGUCCACUACGAUGACCAGGACAACAUCAAUUGCAUGAUCGCUGGUGAGAAGCGAUUUAUCUUCAUGCAUCCGUCUUACAAGCAGGACUUCGAGGCUUUUCCAAAUAGCAAGAAGAAUCGCUACGGUUGGGUGGAUACAGACCUCGACAGGUCUCUGCCUGGUUAUGGCGCCUUCAUGGGACGGAUUGAUGUGGACCGCAUGGACCUCAUCAAGUAUCCUGGCUGGAAGGAUGUGAAGUGGAGCUACGCAGAUUUGAAGCCCGGCGAUUGUUUGUAUAUCCCGUACCAAUGGUAUCAUCAAGUGACGGCCCACCCCGGCCGGUCCAUCAACGUUCAUAUUUGGUAUUGGCGUCCUGCCAAGUUCGAGACAAGUUGUGAGCAGGCAGCUCCACCGACCUUUGCCGACUGCACUUGGGGCUGGGAGCCCAAAAAGGGUCACCUUGGAAAACUGCAAAAGGGUUGGCCGAAGCCCACGAAAUGCAGGGCAAAGCGUGGUUCCAAGGAGCUGUGA